GCUUCUUCAUCCUCACUAACGAACUCCUCCAUCACAAAUACCCCUGGGAACGGGAACGCCCAGCCAGCAAACGGGGAGCUCUCAUUGCCUUCAGCUAAACCCGUGGAUGGACAGGGGGGUUACCAGAAGAGGUCGGACAGCUGCUUGGUGAUCGCAGCAGGAGGGUGAAGAUCAACAUGUCAAAGAUUACCACAGAGCUUCUAUUGGAAAGAGCGGUUCCCAAAUCGACGAGGCUCCGAAAGAUAGAGACACUGAACCUGUCCAAGCUGCAGCUGAAGACUGGAGACUUAGACCCACGUUUGUUUUCACGUCUGAGGCACCUACAGAAGCUGGAUCUCUCUGAUAAUUUACUGGACAAAUUUCCCAACAGCUUAACCCUGCCUGAUCUGCGGGUCCUGAACUGCAACAACAACCAGCUGGAAGAUGUCACUGCUCUCAAACAGUUCCCUCUGCUCGAGGAGCUGAAUUACGAGAACAACGGGUACCUCACACUCAAUGAUGAUUAUAAAGUGAUGUUUCUUUUGCAAAAUCUUCGGCUGCUCAACGGCAAGGACAUAACCAAACUGGCCAAUCACGUGAGGCAUGUCAAUAGCCGUAAGCUGACCAGCAAGGUUACUGCUCACUGGGAAGAGUUCUUCCGUGACCAACUUCCUGAGAAGUACACAGCUGAGCAAGUGAAGUCUAUCAAGAAAAAGUUCCUGAAGUCAGUACAGACCAAUGUAGUGUAUGGACCCAGCUCCCUUAGUGAAUUCACCCGCUGGCGGGUGAAAAUGAUUGCAGAAGAGUUUCUGACUGGCUCACUGGGUCUGGAGCUAAACACAGAUACUGAAACAGAGGAGAACGGGGAUGAGAAUGAGGAAGAAAGUGCAGAAAGCUCCAAGGAAGCUGCAGAGGAGGAGGCUAAGGUCACAGUAACUCCCAGAAAGAGGAAAAGAAAUCGUUCAAAAUCACGUUCUGGAAGGAAGAAGUCCAAGUCCCAGGCAAAAACCGAGAAGGAGACUGUCCCUAAUCCCAAAAAUUCCAGUCAAGAGAAGGAUGACCCAGCUCCUGAUAAAGCAAGAGCAUCAAAUGAGCCAGCCGAAGAGGCAACCGCUGAGCAGGGAAAUGAAGGGACUCAUAAGAACAGAGAGCAGUUUCCCAAAGGGCAAAGCAAUAGGAGAUCCAGCCAGCUGACAGGAGAACAGAAAAGCCAGGAACAGGACAACGGGGUUGUUAAUUUGACCCCAGUAAAGAACUCCAAGGGCAAGGAGGAUUUCAGUGCAGAGCCAUUGCAUUUUCUCCAGUGUCACAGUAAAGGAAACAGCCGCGAAGAUUUUAAAACGCAGCUCUGGUCCUGUGUCUUCGAGCCAUUGCUAGACGGUGCACCCAGGAAAGAUCCCACUGUGAGUUGUUCCAGAACUGUGGCGACAUGUGGAGGGGAGUCUGUCUGUCUGAUCGACUGUGAAACAGGGGUGGUGCUGAAGAAGUAUAAGGUGGCUACAGAGGAGUUCUUCAGUGUUGCAUGGACAACUCUCCCAAUGGUGAUCAGUGACAGUCGGAAGAAAUCUCAUAAUAUCUUGGCAGCUGCAGGAAGGAGAGGGAUUGUCAAACUGAUUCAUGUGGCAGCUGACUUCUGCUACGGAGAAAUAAAGGCUCAUAAAAAGCCCAUUGCAACUGUCUGCUUCAGCCCAACUCAAAAAACUCACCUCUUCACUGCAUCCUAUGACAAGCGAAUUGUGCUGUGGGAUAUUGGAAUUCCAGACUGUGACUACAAUUUCAAAGCAAGCCAGCUGCUGGUACUGGAGUGUUUGUCUGUACCCUUACGGAUUGCCCUCGUCCCCACAUGCCCAGAGCAAUACCUGCUGGCUGGCUGUGAAGAAGGCUGCUAUGCAUGGAAUAUAAAGCUGGAGAAGGAAGAGAAAAGCAGACCUUUUGAAGCCUCAUUCAAAUUUCCUGAUGAGGAGGGAGAAAUGUCAGCGUCUCACAGGGUCGAUGGUUUGGCUUUUCUGAAUGAUGAUGUCGUAGUUUCCAAGAGCUCCAAACCAGGAUGCAUUUACUUAUGGAGCUGGAGUUGUUCUUUUGACACGAAGAGGAAAGGAAGCCAGCGAACAGUGCCUGCAGUUAUUCUAGCUGAACUGGAGUGGUCCACAACAGACUUGUCUUAUCUCACACUCAGCACCUGCCCAGCAAAACUGCAUGUGUUCUGCGGUGAUGAGAAGGGAAGUGUGUGGAUUUACCACCUCUCCGACUACACCACAGCAUGGAGCUCUGCCAAGGGAAAACACUCAGACAAGAGAAUCCCGCCCACACAGAUUCUCAAAUGGCCGGAGCUUCAAGCAAAUGGGGAACACCUGAGCGAAGUCUACAUAAACAACGUGAUAACAGACCCUACUUUCACUUACCUUGUUGCUCUCACUAGUGUGAACAUUACAGCCAUUUGGAAGAAGUCAUAGUUCCUUGUUAUAGAAGUUCAUUCCCCGUGUUUUGAAAUAGUGCAGUAUUAGUGACUGUUACCCAUAUAACCAUAAAGUUUUCUAGACCAGCUGUUACGUGCAAAAGGUAAAAGAGUUCGUUAAGCACAUCCAGUCAUCCAGGCUUUUUUCCUGUAAGUUUACACAAUUUGUGCAUUUGUUUUAUAGAAAUGACACUUAAUAAAACAAAACAACAAC